AUGUCACAUCUUGAUCACGCCAUCGGCAACAAUAGCGCAGCGUAAGAAUGACGCCAGAGUGUUGUGCAAAUGUUGGGAGUUGUUGCGUCCGUUUGCACGUAGCUAAAGGCCCCGUUUGUUUGGAGACAAUUCGUCCCGGGCAAGACCGGGUCACCCUCCCAGUAGAGUCAACUUCAGCGAGAGUUAUUAUGAGAAAAAAGUUGUCCCCUUUGCCCGAGCCAGCAACGCUUGCGCAUGCUCUGAUUGUCUCGCCUUGAACGAGUUGACCCGGCUGGGCGGGACAAAGUGUUAAUAUGGAAAAAGGUUGACCCCGCUAGGGAAGUCACCCUUCUAGCCCAGACAAUUUUUUUUGCUGGUAUAAAUAGUCUGCCAUGUAAAGAAAUGUAAGAAACGUUAGCUUGCCCAGGGUAGCUCGGGUAGGCGAGUGACCCUUCUACCCGGGAUAGCUUUUCUCCGUAUAUACGGGCCCUAAACUGGCAGUAAUCGGUAAUUAAUAAUUAGUUCCUUUGGAUCGAAUUGCCGUUGCAGAUGAAUGUCACCAAAGUGGGGAAGAUUGUACGAUUCAGUGAAAUUUGGGGACUAGUUCAAUCAGAAAAAUGGGUUUGACAGAUUCACGUUCAUUUUUUAUUAACCCUCGGACGCACACGCAAAGUCAAACCCCAUCGUGGUACAAGAGGGGGAGGGGGUUGAUGGAACCUCCCCCCGUUGAAUUUUUGAUAUGUUGCGGUUUUUCGAAACGACUUUGCCUUCAGUGGAAAGCCUUUGAUCUUCUCUACAAGAUGAGGUAUAUUUUAUUGGUAGUGGCACUGCUGGUGGUCUUUGACGUAACCACUGAAACAUGGUCGCCAUCUUGGAUUUUAUCAAGAAUUAGACAUCAGGUAAAAACGGUGAAAAUUAAUAAUUUUUUGCGCUUAUCAUGUAAAAAUAUUACUCAAUGGGUUCAAGGCCUUGGUGAAAGAUGUGUUCUGAGCAUAUGAAUAAUUGACAUUAGUAAAAUCCAACUAGUGGUCUAUUAUCAAUGCUGCGUUCUUAUUGGUUGAGCUACUACUAGGCUAUAUGUUAUAGCCCACUAGUAGCGAAAAGCGCGGGCGUUUUGGCGGCAAAAAGGAUUAAAGUCUAUCUUUAACUAGAUAAAUUUUUAUUCUCGAUAUUUUUGACCAACUAGUUGGAUUUUACUAAAACAAUUAUCAACAAUUAUCAAUAGCCCAUUCGGCCCGUUCGGCUUCAUGGGCUAUUGACUCAGAGCAUUUGCAUUUCUUUUGAGCUGUAAAAGAGCUGGAUUUUGCUGAUUGUUAAUCACCUUAAGACAGCAGUGUGGUGAUUAACUUAACCCUGGCCUCAAUUUUCAGACCAAUUUAGGUCCCCAGGAAACUGUCCAAGUACUCUUUCCGUAAGCCAUCAUUUUGCCCCGAUUAAGUGAGAGUGGAAUUAGUAAUUGUUAUCAUUAUUCAUUCAAAAUAUUUCUCAGUUUCUGAUUGGCUAAAAUACAAGGCAUAAUUCACCAUAACCAGCUAUUGUAUGCCAUAUUGAACCGAUGACGUCAAAAGUGCAGCAAAGUUGCAGAUUAUUGAACCGUUAACCGAGAAGUCCGGGGGACGAGGUUGAGUUGUUUUAGCAGUGACAACAAAAAUGGCGGACAUUUCACUCGUUUCACUAAGAAGAAGUAAGCGAACUAUUGGCUUAAAACAUAGCAAGAACAGUAAGAAGACAACUAACCUGCGAUCCGGGUGUCAUUCUUCUUAGAAGACAACUCGAAGGGUGCGGACAUCUGCUAUUUGGAGAACAUUUACGUAGCUGAACAACUCUUUAACUCCUAAACUUGCUGAUUAACGUGCACUAUCGAAGAAGCCGAAGAUAAACUGAAAAUCGAUGGGAGGUAAGCACCUUUAAGCUUGUUUUCAAACUAGGAAUUGUUUUGAAUGAAUUAUUAUAAUAAAACAAUUAUUGAAUUCGGCUUUCGUAUCAUCUGAACUUCAUGGAGAUCUCAGAGGGUGCCGUUAUCCGGCCUCGGCGGAUAACACCCUCCUCGAUCUCCAUAAUUCUUCAGAUGAUACAAAAGCCGAAUUGAGUGACUGUUAAAUAUUGGCUUAGGUUAGGGGUAGGUUGGUAGUUUCCGAGAAACCUAAAAUUGGUCACCGAUUUUUUUUUUUUCAAAUCAGGUCUGUCAGUGUGACUGUUCUAAUUGCAAUAUAAUUCCCAGAAGAAUAUGAAUUUAAGCUUGGGUAUCCACGAUUUUCUCAGUCAGUUUGCCUGUAAAAUAGAGGGUCAAAAUGGCAUUAACCGUCAAAAAGCAAAAUUUUUUACGUCAACUGCCAAAGACAAUAGAGAGAUUAAGAUUCACGUUCACGCCAAACGGCAAACGUCAGAUUCAUGUUAAGAAUUCCUCCGAAUAGAAAAUAAGCAGAUAAAAAAAUGUCCAGAACAGUUCUUAAGUAUAAAACUGGCGUGAAACUACUUAUUUUUUAGUUGAAGUAAUAAACACUUGUCGACAAUUAAGGGAAACACUUGGUCACGUGGUACAGAUUCACGUUUGCCGUUUGUCGUAAACGUGAAUCUUAAUCUCUCUAAUGUUGACAUAAUUUUUUAAAGGCCGGCCAGGUCUGAAAACGGGUAUGGAUUUUAAAGGCUAGGUCUGAAAAAAGAUGUGGAAACGGGUGUUUGGUCUGAAAGCGGGUCAGGCGUGACUUGGAAAACCGGCCGGAACCCCCGCACCAAGAAUUCCCUGGAGUAACCCCCCUCGGGUUAAGAACUAAGAUGUAAACCACUAUAAAAUUCCUUAUAGAGCAGUCCCUAAUAGAUUGAUUAGAUGUUGCGAUAAUAUUAAAUUAAAGUUCCUCGGUUCGUUUACAGAAGAAAGUUUUAAACUUUUGUAUGUCAUAAAAAAACAGAGGUAGAAUAUGGGUUAAUUUAGCAAAGUGCGUCUUUGUGCUUAAAUUUGACCAGGGUUGUAGUCUAGUUGUUCCGAACUUUUGGAAUGACCAUGUUCUAGGCUGGUGGAAACAUAAAGAUGAUCGCAAUAUCUUGUUUCUAAAAUAUAAGGAUUUGCACACGAUAAUGUUGCGUUAUCUCGAUCUCGCAGCGGUGGAGUUUUUUCAACUGAUCUGA